CUAUCGUUGUCCUUCGCUUUUUAAAUCAGGAUUUAAAACUGCGCGAAAUUUGCUCAAAAUCGCUACAAUGACAGUUCGCCCAUAUAACAACUGUCAUUGUAGCGAUUCAAAGCGAAUUUUUAUUCUUCGUUUAAAAAUCGAAGGAUAAUGAUAUAAAGUUUUAAAAAUUACGUUCUGCUCAGAAAAUUACACUCUUUCAGAUGAUAUAAAAAAAUCGAAAAUCCGUGAAUAGCUAAACAACACAAUUAUCAAAAAUAAUUCAAAAACUUCAGAACCUACGAUUCCAAAAUUAAAUUAACAAUUCGUAUUCGAAUAUCUAAUCGGCACAACAGGUCAACUAAACGAUUCGGCGAUUGGAGAGUAUUCGUAAUAGCACUACUGAUUGCACGAUGUGUUGAAGGACCACCGAGUAUCGUUAUUUCUAUAGAUAAGGCAGCGUAUCAAAAUUAAUGUGGAUGUGUUUCAGGUCUACAAUCAGUUGAGAUCUGUAGAUAAUUGUGAAGCAGAUACUGUACAAUGGUUGACCAUCGAAGAGGAAGAAAAAGAUUGCCCAAAACGGAGCACUAUGAGGCUCUGGGAGGCGAUGAGAAAAAUUUACAUAAGAUCGAUUCACAACUGGGAAUGUUCGGCGUAGUUCUAAUGUUGUUUUGUGGAACGAUUUCUAGUUACUUGAUCUCUAAUUUGCCAGCUGCAUUGACAAGAGCUGACUUGGAAAGAUACCCAGGAGCAUUUAUUGCAGAACGAGCAUGGGAAAAUUUGAAAGUUCUAAACGAUUUCGGUCCAAAACCGACUGGUAGUGAAACAAAUGAGAAAACGACUGCCGAUUAUCUUAAACAACAGAUUGCUCUAAUUGAGGCUAGCAAGCAUAAAAAUCAGAAACUGCUUAUUGAGCACCAGAUUGUGAGCGGUGGAUAUGCUAUAACGUUUAGAAAAAAUCCACUAACAAGUCUAUAUCGAAAUGUUCAAAACUUGGUGGUCAUGUUAGAAGGAGAAAAUCAAAAUACAACAAGUCCAGCUCUGAUGCUAAAUUGUCAUUUCGAUACGGUUGCUAGUAGCCCAGGCGCUAGUGAUGAUGCAGCCAGUUGCUGUGUCAUGCUCGAAAUCAUAAGGAUUUUAUCUCGACAGCCUACACGAAAUCGUCAUUCUAUAAUAUUUUUAUUUAAUGGUGCAGAGGAAACCCCACUGCAAGCGGCUCACGGAUUCAUAACUCAACAUCCUUGGGCGAAGCAGGUUGCAGCUUUUUUGAAUCUCGAAUCUGCAGGUUCUGGAGGCAAAGAGGUACUUUUUCAAAGUGGUCCACAGCAUCCGUGGAUGAUUGAUGUGUAUGCUCGUGCAAUCCGCCAUCCAUAUGCGAAUGCGGCAGGCGAAGAAAUUUUCCAAUCAGGCUUGAUUCCGUCCGAUACUGAUUUCAGAAUAUUUCGGGAUUUCGGACAUGUACCGGGUAUGGAUUUUGCCCACUGGGUGGAAGGCUACCGUUACCACACAAAGUAUGACAACAUCGACUAUUUGUCGAUGUCCGUUAUUCAACGAACGGGUGAUAAUAUACUUUCAAUCACACGGGAAAUGGCCAACAGCGAUGAGUUGGCCAACAGCCGCAACGGGCGGGUCUCUGAAGGCUACUCUGUUUUUUAUGACUUUCUAGGAUUGUUGUUUGUGAAGUAUUCUACCGAUACUGCCGUCACAAUCAACACACUUGUUGCUAUUCUUUCCAUUCUGUUGCCGUAUUUUGCUGUUAGCAAAUCUCUGAAAAACGCUGGAGAAGUAGCCAUCCUCAAAGAAAUCAUGUAUGGAUUCAUAGCUCUUAUAGCAGGAACGCUAUUUAGUGUACUGGUUUGCCUGAUUAUCGGUCGACAAUUGGAUGCAAUGGGACGAGCCAUGACUUGGUACUCAACGCCUUAUCUUGUCUUAGGCCUGUAUUGCUGUCCAGCACUGUUAUCGCAUUGCUUCGGGCAGGUUAUUGUUAACAUGUUUUUUAGUGAUAAAAAGAACUUACUGAACCUGUCGCAGAUUGUACAAUCUCGUCUGAUUGGAGUCAACCUUUUCUGGGCAAUAAUAGUAAUAUCUCUGACGUUCACUGGUAUUCGUAGUUCCUAUAUAUUCAUGGUGAUACAGUUAAUGUCUGUAAUGUCGGUUCUCAUAACAUCCUUGCUUGGCUAUCAGAACAGUUGCCGGAAAUGGCUCCUGGUACAUGUUGCAUUUCAGAUUAUCACAAUGCUUUGGGCAACACAAUUUUACCACCAAUGUAUGAAGCUAUUCAUACCCAUUUCUGGUCGUGUUGGAGGCGCUCAAAACCCAGAAUACUUAGUAGGCUCGAUAGCAGCACUUUCUAUACUGUUGACGGGUAGUUACAUGUUUCCAUUGGUAGCUCUUUUGAAAAAAUCAUCUGAACUGAUCUCCCGAUUGACCGUGUUUGUAUUAGUUGGCCUGUUAAUUGCCUGCUUUACCCAGGUCGGGUUUCCUUAUCGCGAUGAUAGCACCAAUGCACCUUCAGUUCAACGACACUAUGUAACGCACACAUUGCGAUUGUAUCAUGACCAAACAGGAACAUUGAGGAAAAAAGAUUCCGGAUUCCUCUUCCGGGAAAUGGACCGAAACUCUUAUCGUCUUAUCCAAGGCGUAGUUGCUCCUGAGUCUGUCACUCCAAUGAGUCAGAUGAAUACGUGUGAGACAGAGAUAUUUUGCGCUGUUCCCUUUUACUCUAUAUGGCAUCAAAUUCGAUUUGACAACUUUUGGCUGCCUGGCCCAGAACCAGUUGUGAACAAAAUGGUUACACUAAAACUGCAAGAUACAGAACAAAUAACCGAUCACAUCCGACGGUUGCAUUUCACACUAGAAGGUAGCACGUUGUCAUCACUCAUUAUUGGACCAAAACCUGGAGUAAAAUUGGUUAGUUGGAGCUUACUUGAGGAAGUAACACCAUCCAUGGAAUUCAACAACCGAGAUGGCCAUUUUGUGCUGAUCACUUACGGAUUACCGGAUGACGGUCCCUGGAACGUGACAAUGGAUUUUGAGCACCAGGAGAGGGAUUACGCAGAGCCGUUGGUCGACUUGGCAGUCGUUACUACGUUUUGGGAAUUUCAUCGAAACCAUACGGAAGAGCUCAACGAUCUGAUUCGGAAAUUUCCAAGUUGGGCUCAUGUCAUACCUGCAGUUGCUGCAAUGAAUAUUUAUCUGUUUUAAAAUAAACAUUUUAUUUUGAAUAGAACUGUGCUUCUCCUAGAAACUUAUUGGCCAGACAAUAGAAAACCGA